AUGGCCCUCAGCCUUCCAGCCGGCGCCGCGGAAAUCAUUACCCGCAAAAAGGCGCUAUACUGCCGUCUCGCCGACACUAAUGACUGGAGCCAGGCCGACAAGGUCAUGUUGCCUGAUCUGAUCUUUACGGCUGUCGAUGAGAAUGACAAUAUCGUUAAUCUUAACGAUACUGACUAUCAUUGGACUUCACGAGCAGACUGGGUGGCAUUUUUCAGCAGGAUAUUCGCCCCAAUCCAAACAAUGCAUACUGUCGGCUAUCCUGAGCUGGAGCUGGUUGCACCAGGCGAGAUCAAGGCCAUUUUCGGCGUCACUUAUCUGGUUGGAACUAAGGAGGCCAACAAAGGGGUACAUGGCACUGGUGGAGGACACUAUUACGAGACGUGGAAGCUCAAGGAUGGCGAUUGGUUCAUCCAAACGAUCAAAUUUGUUAGGAUCUAUUGGAAAGAAAUGACCUUGUAG